GCGAAUAUGGCCGACCCCGGGCGCAGGAUACCCCUACGCGUCUCGAACGGAAAGGCGUAUGCCUGGGACAUUGACGACAUAGCCGUGCUCCGCGGGCAGCAUCAUAUAUGCGGUGUGCUGACCGGGACUUUGCCUCAUCUCUCGCAACAGAAUGUCUUCCUGGGCAUCCCUCUAGUUCUCAUGCCGGAGGAGGUGGUCGUCCUUGUGGAGAAACAAUUAGCCGUCCUCGUUGAUGACCUGACAGCCCACCGCACUCCCUCCAUAGAAACACUCAAGGGAUGGAAUGAAGAGCGUGCAGAAUCCGCAAGACUCCAAAUUGCUGCAGCCGAGGAGGAUGCGCAAGAUAGGCCGGCCAAGUACGUCCUGUCGGAAGACGCCUUGCGGAAGCGCAAAGAGCGGGAAGAGCGGCGGGCUGCUGCUGCCAAGGCGAAGGCGCUCGCUGAAGGGGAAGAUAUUGUCGACCCGUCGAUAUUAGCGUCGACAUCGGCUCCGCAAAAUCAGGCUGUCAUGACAGAGCGACCACCGAAUUCGGCUGCGAACAAUGUGACUCCGCCAUAUACCAUCACCCUUCCUGCUAGCUCUAGCUCCCUUCAGUGGUAUGACACCGAGGGGUGCACGUAUACGUCAAUUGAGGACGCAAGGGCGGCGGGAGUGUGGACUUAUCCUGCCGACUUGCAUGAGCGAGCAAAGUGCGGUGUGUUCAGAGACCUGUGGGAGAAGGGCUAUUUCAUGGGUGGCGGGAUCAAGUUUGGUGGGGACUUUCUCGUCUAUCCUGGCGACCCGUUGCGUUACCACUCGCACUUUGUCGCUACCGUGAUUGACGCGCCACUGGCGACAAUCAAGCCGAUGGAGAUUGUCGCGCACGGACGGCUGGGCACUGCGACGAAGAAGGCGCACCUCUUGUGCGGAUGGGAGGACGAGAAGCAGGAAGUGUCAUAUUUUUCCAUCGAGUGGGCCGGCUUUGGUUGA